GCAAAUAAAGCGGAUUUACCCACAUGCCAAGAUCUUAUUAGCUUUUACUUUGAUUUUAUGAAAUUAAGAAGAUUGGUGUUCCUUUAAUUACUUUUGAAAGAUAAAUGAAAUUUAGAGCUCAAAGCUCUGCAAAAAUUGGGCAUUUUUCAUUUGUUUCAUGAAAAUAGAAAUACCUCCCGGAUAAAACUUCUGCAGUGCGUAUAGACAAGGAAAACAUUCCCAAGAGCGCAAGUAUGUCUGUAAAAAAGAAAGGAUUUUCCGAUGUUGAAGAAGAUGACUCAGAUGUACCUAAACCGCCUGACGGAGGAUGGGGAUGGGUGAUUGUCUUUUGUUCAUUCAUGAUUCAAUUAAUCUCUUUUGGUAUCUCUUUAGUAUUUGGAAUAUACUACGUAGAGUUUCUUAGAUACUUUGGAGAAAGCAAUGGUGCUACAUCUUGGGUGCUGUCCAUCAUGAAUGCGAUGACAUUUUGCGUUGGUCCAUUGGCGAGUGGUCUUACAAAACAAUUUGGUUGCAGAGCGGUGACCAUUACUGGAGCUUUGCUUGCAGCAUUUGGCUUGAUAAUAAGCAUCUUCGCACCUUGUGUCACUUUUCUUUACUUCAGUAUAGGAAUAUGUGCAGGAGCCGGAAUCGGUUUCAUGUACUUUACUGUAAUAGUCUGCGUAGCAUCUUAUUUCGAAGAGAAACGGGCACUUGCAACUGGUAUUUCAGUCUGCGGAGCUAGUAUCGGACUCUUCUUAUUGGCUCCUCUGACAGAAUGGAUUGUGCGUCUUUUUGGAUGGCAAGGGGGUAUGCUCAUCACGGCCGGCAUCACACUCAAUUGCUGUAUCUUCGGAGCUUUUUUCAGACCUCUGAAGAAAAAGAACAAAAUACGAAGCCGGGUGUUAUUUUCUAAUUCGUCAAACCUGCCCUUGGAUUCAAAUAUGAAAAGGGUAUUCAAUGAAACAUUUGGAAACAAUGGCGAAGUCUGUCUGUCGACGGUUACAGCCGAAGCUUCUGUAAAACUUCCAACAGUUACACCACAGGUGAACUAUAACUCUCUUCACUUUUCUUUCAACAACCAAAUCUCCCAGUUGCCCAGUUCAACUGCCAAAUCGCCCAUUUCGGAAACAAAUCGCAGUAGCCAUUUACAUACAGGUUUUGCACCGAGGGCAAAAGGUAUUUGUACCGUCAACAGUCACAAGUCAAAAGAAGAGGUGCCUGAAGAGAUUGCCAAAGACAACACUAUUUCAGAACAGUCUAUGGUAAUUCGAUUAAGUAACUGUUUGUUUCCAUUAGUCAUAAAGGAUACCUUCAAGGAAAUGAUGAACUUUCGACUGUUGGAAGAUAACGCGUUUCUUAUACUUACCAUAUCAAAUUUCUUCACCAACAUUGGGUUGGAUAUUCCCUACAUUUACACACAGGAUCGAGUCAUCGAUAUGAAGAUUGCUGAUGAAGUUUAUGCUAGUUACUUGUUGUCAGUGACUGGCAUAGCAAGUGCCGUUAGUCGUAUCAUUUUCGGAUACUUAUCGGACCUCAGCUGUAUCAACAGUAUGUGGUUAUACAGCACAAUUCUCAUAAUAUGUGGCGUUAAUACAGCUUUCAGUUCCUUCUGUGAGGAUUAUUAUCUCAUGGCAGUGUACUCAGCCAUUUUCGGAGGGAUGUCAGGAGGAUAUAACAGCUUACAAUCUAUUGUUUUAGUUGAUCUUGUUGGAUUAAAGAAACUGACCAAUGGUUUUGGAGUUCUGUUACUUUUUGAAGGAGUCGCAUGCCUGAUUGGUCCACCCAUCACAGGUUGGUUAUACGAUUAUACCCGGUCUUAUGAUCCUGGCUUUUACGUUUCUGGAUUUAUGAUGGCUUUCAGUGGAUUCAUGCUCUUCUUUAUUCCUUGUGUUCAAAGGAUUUCAGGCAGAAAAAAUAGAAAAGGAGAAGACUUUCUAAAUAUGUCAGUUCCUGCGCGUACAGAACUCGCUCUUACAGAAUCUAAAUCGCAUGAAGAAAUUUGCACCAAAAUGUAAUGAUGUAGCUGAGUAGUAAUGGGGCGACGGAAGUGACAUCACGGAAAAGACGUAUGAUCCAGAAAGCUGCCAUCUUGCAUUCCCUCUCACCGCCAUCUUGGUUCUACCCGAAAAUAAGGUGAAUGUUGUCAUAUUGGAAAGUCUCCCGUUUACUUUGGGGCAAAGAAAAUUUUGUUUCGAAAACGUAUUUAGGACGACUUUUUUAGUCAAUUUGUUAUUAUUUCUUUAUUAUUUAAGCUAUAAUUAUUUUUAUUCAUCUGUAAUUAUUAAUGUAAUCCCUGUUUUAUUGUGUUGCAACAGAUAAUUGAGUUUAAUGUUUACUUUUACAAAUUGUAAACAAAUAAUUUUAUAUGUGUUUUAUGUGUUUAACGUAGAAUUUCAGGAAAAGCCAUGCAGUCAGAAGUGUCUUUUCUCAAAGAAAAUUAUAUUCAUUGGACUUGCACCGACGAGCCAAAGCAUUACCACAAUCCCCGUAUUUUUCAAUGAACUUAUCUACACUCAUGUCCAUAAAUUAAGGAUAAUGCAAAAUCAGGCAAAGGAAGAGUUAGAAGCAAAACAAAUUUGACUUAUU